GUUGGAAUAUGAACAAAAUCGCGACAUGGAAUCACGAAUCAGAGAGCUUGAAUCUUCUCUAGGUGCAUUAGAAAAUGAUUUAGACCAUGUCCAGAGGAGAGAAUCUGAAGCCAAGUUAUCAGCGGAAAAAGCUAUAAGUGAGAUCAAGCGAUGGAAUGAAGAAGUAGAAGAAUGGAAAUCAAAGUCUGAGGAGUGUGAGAAGGAUAUGCAGGAAUGGAAAAAGCGGGCUUCUACAGCCACAACAAGCAUUUCAAAACUUAAUCGCCAGAUAAAUUCUAAGGAGACACAGAUUGAGCAGCUAAUUACACGGAAGCAGGAAAUAGUAGAGAAAUGUGAACUAGAUCAAAUUAGCCUUCCCAUCAUCUCGGAUCCAAUGGAGACUGAAACGUCAACACCUGGCCCAGUUUUUGAUUUUACUCAGUUGAGUAGAGCAUACGUGCAGGAUAAGAGGCCUUCUGAACGGGAAAAGCUUGAGAUAGAAUUUAAGCAAAAAAUAGAUUCCCUUAUAUCAGAAAUUGAAAAAACCGCUCCAAAUUUGAAGGCCCUGGACCAAUAUGAGGCGCUAAAAGUAAAGGAAAGAGCUGUAACUGAAGAAUUUGAAGCUGCCAGGAAAGAAGAGAAGGAAAAAGCAGAUCUGUUUAACUCGGUGAAGCAGAGGAGGUAUGAGUUGUUCAUGGAUGCUUUCAACCACAUAUCGAACAAUAUCGACAAAAUAUACAAGCAGCUUACGAAGAGCAACACGCAUCCUUUGGGUGGAACUGCUUAUUUAAACUUGGAAAAUGAAGAUGAUCCAUUUCUACAUGGCAUCAAGUAUACUGCUAUGCCGCCAACAAAGCGCUUCCGUGAUAUGGAGCAACUAUCUGGUGGGGAGAAAACAGUUGCAGCACUUGCAUUACUCUUUUCCAUCCAUAGUUAUAGGCCUUCACCGUUUUUCAUUCUGGACGAAGUUGAUGCUGCUUUGGAUAACUUAAAUGUCGCCAAGGUUGCUGGGUUUAUACGUUCCAAAUCAUGCGAAGGACCCAGCCGUAACCAGGAUGCGGAUGGAAGCACUGGUUUCCAGAGCAUAGUGAUAUCGCUAAAAGAUAGCUUCUAUGACAAGGCUGAAGCCUUGGUUGGGGUUUACAGGGAUUCUGAAAGAAG